AUGAAACCACUUAAUAAAUCAGUGAUUACUGUUGCUAUUUUUGGUGCUCUUUUUGCUGGUUCAAUGAAUAUUGCUUAUGCUUUUGAUUUCGCCACUGAUGCAAAUGGCUCUACUCAAUGGGCGGAAAACAUUCAAGGUCAAGUAGAUGGGCUUUCUAAUGAUGAUUAUCUAAACGGUGAAGCAAUCAAAGCCGCUCAAACUAUAGCUACUAAUGCAGAAGGUAAAGCUGAUAGCGCGAUUAGUGAAGCUAGCUCUGCUCUUAGUCUGGCUGGUAGCGCUAAAACUGAUGCUAAAACUGCUCUUGAUGCUGCUGACACUGUAGGUCAAAAAUUAACUACUGUUGGUAACGCUCUGCAAGGUGAGAUUAAUCAAGAGAAAAUUGAUCGUGAUAACGCCGAUCACUUGAUUAUGACUACUGUUGAUAAUCAUGAUGUGCUGCUUAAUGAUCAUGAAACACGUAUUGCUGCACUGGAAAACCAGCCUACCCCGAAAGAUGGUAUUGAUGGUAAAAACGGGAUCGAUGGUAAAGAUGGGGCUACAGGUGCGCAAGGUGUACAGGGUGUUGCUGGUAAAGAUGGUGCUGAUGGUAAAAAUGGUAUUGACGGUAAAGCAGGUAAAGGCGGCGUAGACGGGAAAAACGGCGUUAACGGGAAAGAUGGUAAGAAUGGGUUGAAUGGUAAAGAUGGUGUGAAUGGUAAGAACGGCGUUACGACUACCAUCACUAAGAAAGAAGUCGAUACUAAAACUAUCAAUCUGGUUAAGUCACUUAAUACACAAACUACAGCACAAACUAAAGAUCUGAAAGCUGCUCAACAAGUAUUUGCACAAGCACAAUCUUCAAACAAUGCUCAAUUCAAAAACCUGAAGGAUGAAGUCGACGACAACAAGAAAGAAGCGCGUGGUGGAGUAGCCUCUGCCGUUGCGAUUGCAUCAAUGCCACAGGUCGAAAAAGAUCAGGCUAUGAUGUUCUCUGCUGGUGUAGGGUCAUUUAAGAAUGAGCAAGCUAUCAGCGUUGGCGCUUCUUUCCAUGCCGGUGAACAUACAGUGAUCAAAGCUGGUAUUAGCGAUUCGACAAAUAACGAUCUUGCUAUGGGCGCGGGUAUCGGGAUCGGUUUUUGA